UUUUUUGGGGUGUGUGUGUGGGGGGGCAGCUCCGGACGCCCCCUCCCCGUCUCUCCGCCCCCGUAGCGGCAGGAGGAGGAGGAGGAGGAGGCGGUGCCGGGCCGGGCGCGGCGGCGGCGAGGGGCAGAGCCCGGCGGGGCGGCCCCGCUCCCCGUGAAGAGGCGGCGCGGCAGGGCAGCGGCCGCCGCCAUGCAGCCGCUGCACCGGGCCCCGGCGCUGCUGCUGCUGCUGCUGGCCGCCGGGACUUUGUGCCUCUGCCUUGCCUCCUCGGAGGAAUCGACCACUGAUGGCCUCACUUCAACCUCCCUGCUGGAGUUUGCCAUGAUGUCCCAUCUGGAGGCUGUGAAUUCCCACGAGCAAACCAGCCCUGAGGCCACCGAGCCUGAUCUCAUCCCUGGCUCUCUGCAUGCUGCCCCAGGAUCAGGCUUUGCCAGCGAGGAGAACGAGGAGUCCAAGAUCUUACAGCCCCCGCAGUACUUCUGGGAAGAUGGGGGAGAGCUCAACGACUCCAGCUUGGACCUGGGACAAGCAACAGACUACAGCUUUCCUGCUGCCUCUCAGAAGGCCCUGCAGAAAGGGAACGGGACACAGGUAAAAGACAACUGGGAAGCAGCUACUGUCCAUCCACCGGCAGAGUUUGUAGAGCCUGACUUGCACACGCCUUUCUCCAGCACGCUGGAGGAAGAAGAGGGGCUGCUCCCUAUAGACCACUCGAGAGGAGGAGUGGAGAGCCUUCAGACCUCCGGGCCAGAGGUUACAUCUUCUGAACCAGCGGGCCAAGAGGAAUCCUUGCUCUCUGUCGUGUUUUCUACAGCUUCUGCCCGCCCAGGUGUUGUGACUGAGGCAGCUGUGGGAGGGCAAGAAGAGGACUCUGCUCCUCCCGGCUUAGACCUUGGGAGCAGCAUGGGGCCGAGUCUCCUGCCAAUGUCCUCUGUUUCUUCUACUGCUGCUGCAAGGUCUCCUGGUAUUUCGGAAGAGCCCUUUGAGGUGACAGAUGGAGACACGUGGGCUGUCGGGGGAGCAUAUUCUGAGCAGACUGUGACUACUGCAAGAGCAGAGCUCGCAGAGCCCACGGUGGAGGCUGGUGGGGAAGAACAUUCAGCCCGAGAGGAGUUCUUGGAGACAACGGUGGGGUGGGAGAUGCUGGAGCCCACAGUGCUGACUGAGCUUGAGCAGCCAGCAGAAACGCCCGUUUGGACACCCUCUCCUGGUGGCAGCUCCAUAGACACCCAGACUCAUUCAGGUGGUGAGCAGCACCCCGCUUCCCCUGCAACUCCGUGGGACAGGGCUGAGGAGCCCAUGCAGGAUCCUGUCUGGAAUGACACAGAGCCAGCCACGGAGGCUGUGACAGCAGAGGGGAGCUUGUCGCCGCAGGCUGGGGACGCCCGCAUGGCCCUGCUGCCGACAGAACUGCCCUGGGAUUCAGCACAGGUGAUCUGCAAAGACUGGAGCAACCUUGCGGGGAAAAACUACAUCAUCCUGAAUAUGUCGGAUAACAUUGACUGUGAGGAGUUUCGGCUGGAGAGGGGUCCCCAGCUGUUGGCGCUGGUGGAGGACGCCUUCUCCAGGCAGACGGACGGACUGCAGGACCGCUGGCUGAUCUCCCUGAGCAAGCCCAAUGAGAACGAAAAGCACUUGCUAAUGACACUGGCGGGGGAACAGGGUGUCAUCCCUACAAAAGAUGUUCUCAUGGCACUGGGAGAUGUUAAGAGGAGCUUAGCUGAGAUUGGCAUCCAGAACUACUCGACCACCACAAGCUGUCAGUCACACCCCAACCAGACACGCAGCGAUUAUGGAAAGCUCUUUGUGGUACUGGUGAUCAUUGGAUCCAUCUGUGCCAUCAUCAUCGUGCUGGGGCUCAUAUACAACUGCUGGCAGAGACGCCUGCCCAAGAUGAAGAACAUGUCGCAUGGCGAGGAGCUGCGCUUUGUUGAGAACGGCUGCCAUGACAACCCCACCCUGGACGUGGCCAGCGACAGCCAGUCAGAAAUGCAGGAGAAGAAGCCCAGCGUGAACGGUGGGAACACCAUCAACGGCCCCGACAGCUGGGAUGUCCUCAUCAACAAGCAGGCGAGCGAGGAUGUGGAUGUGUUUGAGGAAGACACGCAUCUUUAGAAGGAAAAGAGAGAGAACCACCCCCUUAAAUACACUUGUCUCUCUCCUGUCUGAACUGGUGGACCAUGGGAUCAGGUGGCUUCUCAGGAACUUUUUAAAGGCUUGGGACUGGUCAAGUCUUUGGGCAAGUUUUCCCGACGGAAGUCCUGAGCCUGCAUCUGAGGCUUGGAGCCAGGAGGAUCACCGAACAGAGGGAAGCGGGAGGGGUGGGUGUGUAGGUCUCUGUGUGUGUGUUCCUAUCAGUAGCACCAAUGCUUUCAUCACCUUUCAAGGCACUUACUGUAGCUCUCUGGUAGUGGCCGAAAGUGGCUGGGCUUGAGAAACAAGGAGGUGAGGCUAAGUCUGCCACCAGGAGCUCUGGGGAGUAAGUUCACUUUGGGAGUCCAGCUGGAAUUACGGCAGCCAGAUCCUGACCUUGCUACAUCUGGAUUUGUAUCUGUAGAGCUGAGGUGGCGUCCAGCCCCUGCAGGUGCAGUAGAACCCGUGCACCAUUCUGGAUGGAGAGAGCCACAGUUUGUUUGAUGUCCUGGGCAGAGUUUGCAUUCCACACAUAAAAAGAGGUUUUUGGUGUUUUUGUUUGGUUGUUUUUUAGCACUCUAGCGUUCAGCUGCUAAUUGGAUGGGCCAAUGUUUAUAUCUGGGAAGAACAUCCUCCUGUCAUCUCUUUUUUCCUCACACCCUCAAAGAGCUUCUCUCUAUCCCUUUUCCAUUUCACAGCUCCAAGCUGAGCUUGCAAAGUUUGAGCACUUUACCCUUGCUUCACUGAUUGCAGAAAACUUGGUGCCAUGGUGCAGCAUCUCAGCUGGAAACUUGCUUUAGGCUGGAGAGUUAUUCAAUAAGGACAUUUACCUGCCUCUUUCACCUAACAGCCUGUGAAAUCAGCAGCAAAGUAUCCCUUGUGUAAGUCUCAGUCCUAGAUUGGCAGGCCUUUUCUACUCCUGUUCCAUUUUCCAGGAUAGUUUGGUUUCAGUUGAUCUUUUUGAGGUAAAUGUAAAGGCUAUGGGAGUCUUUUAACAGGGAGAAAAGUGAAAGCUCAGAUAAUUUUCUGGUCCUUUUAUUUCCUUUUCAGGAUCUUGCCUUGGGGUGUGAAGUGUUUAAUGUCACAUUGGUGUAAAUCAGGGUAACAUCUUUAAAAUUGCUGCAUUCAAACAAAUGUAAAAGCCUGUUUAGAUGAGAUGAGAAUCAGAUCUAAGAGCUCCCCAAUGAAUAUUUCUCAGGCACGCCUCAGGCAACUUUGAGGCCCCAGCUCCCUGAAGAUGUGUGAUAAAAGGCACGUGAAUAUGCAUAAUUGUUCUCUGAGCCCUGCCUAAAUCAAGACUCAGAACUACUUUCAAGCCUGAAAUCCCAGAACAUUUGUUUUUUCUCUCACUGAGGGAUUGAGGGAUUUACUUCGGUCAGAGGCAACAGUAUUGGUCUCUGCUUUGGUGAGCUGCUUGCUUGCUUACUGCAAGAUGCAGCUUGCCGUUUGGUAUUUAAGGGAACCUUUGUACAGAAAGACUCCAGAUAUGCAGCCUGUAAAUCUAUCCCUGUACAUAUACGUAUUUUUAGCAUGCUCAUCCCUGAUGUGAGUGCCUAGAGUCAAGGUACAAAAGAGUCUGUUGUUUCAUUUUGCAUAGCGCUUUGCAUACAAACUGAAUCGCAGACCGCCUCGAUGUAGGACCAGGUCAAUAGCAGUCUAUAACGCAUUCAAGAGAUAGCCUUUGGUUUCCUAUCCACAUUGCAAUUUUCAGUGUUUAUCCUGCCUCCUUACCUUUCCCUGCGUUGUGUAGGAGAUGGUGACCAUCAGCUCCUUCUGUAUCUUGGUAGAGUUACAGAGAUGCCCAGAGGAGUUCCUUCUCCUGCCCCAGCGGUUGGCAGUGGGUGGCUGGCAGGGGGGACAGUCCACACGUGUGUCCCUUCGCUGACCACCCCUUGGAGAUGGCUCCUGCUGAAUUUGACGGGUCCGUGCAGUGAAACUGCACAGGUUCAGUGGCUGUGUUGAGGGCAUCUGGGGGCUCAUGGGUUAAAUGCAAGUUGUUAUGAUACGGUGAGUAAAUUUAAAGCAUGGAGUUAAAAUUUGAGUUUGUAUAGCACUUAGCAUAACGGGGCCUGGCAUGGCUGUGGCCUUUAGGCAGUUUCACUGUAUAAAUGUUUCUAAGUCCAAUAAUCCUCAUUAAAUACGUUUUUAUAACCCAGUGGCUAUUAAAAAGAUACAGCCACCAAUCAGAUGUGAAUUAGCUCACCCGCAAAACACUUUCUUGGUGCACUUCAUUGCUAGGAGCCGCUUUGCUGCCUCAUUUUCUCUCUGCAUUACUAAUUCAGACAAACAACAACAUGCUGAUAAAGUAAUGCUUCUUGUUGAGCUCAGUACCUCCUGAUCCUGUCUAUGUCUUCAAACUUUGAAGAAAGCACCUGGGGGACACUUGGGCUUGUUAAGGAGCUAGCAAGUUCUCCUGGCUUGCUGCUCUGGUUUCUUACAGCCUGACUGUAUUCCAGGGACUGUAGUGGACUCUUCUGAAUCUGGAGUGCUCCGGAGUAUCUUGAGAGUGUCUAAGGGUGGCUGUCACGAAGGUGAGAACAAUCUUCUGAUGUCUCUGACUGGGUGCACUUAGCUGUAUGAUCUCAGUUUAUCUCUGGAAAUCUACUGGCUAAUACAAUUUCCUUGUAGUCUGGUGAUACUUUUUAUACCUUUUCCAUUUGUUUUUUCUCUGUAUCCUUUUUUGCACUAGGCCGAUCUUGUUAAGUCAAUUGCACUGUUGUCCUCUCCUGCAAGCCCCGCAGAUGGGUCAUCUCCUGGUACCUGUGGGCUGGGAAGUGCUGUAGAGAGGCUGUCUGUAGCCCAUUUCACUUUAUUGUUCAGUGCUUGGAUUUCCAGCUCUGUACCGGGAGGAUUUGAAAAGGAAGAGAAACUUUUUGUUUUAUCACUUGUAACGGGAAACUUUUCUAUCAAUUUAAUGUAGUUAAACUUUGUAACAAAGACUGUCAAAGCUGGACUGCUCAGAGGGGUGUGCCAGGCAACAGAGCGGAUAGAGAAGACAAUGUAAUUCCUGGAAAACCCUUUUCCACCUACUAGGACUUCACUGUAGUCCCAUCUGCCAAACGUUUGACCGCACUGACACCUGGUGGCUGCUGGGAGUUGGAGACAAAAAAUAAAACGGAACUUUUUUUUUCCUCCCCUCUUA